UGCCGUGCGGCGGCUUCCGGCGCGGGGCAGGUCGGGACAACAUCCGGGUCCCCCGCUGAGGCGAGCGGCGCGGCGAAGUAGGCCUCGGCCCGGCUGGUGUUUCUCUCCCAGGCGGCAGCCCCCUUCCUCCGGCCGGCACCAUGGCGAUGCAAGCGGCCAAGCGAGCCAAUAUUCGGCUGCCGCCAGAAGUCAAUAGGAUCCUGUAUAUUAGGAACCUGCCCUACAAAAUCACGGCGGAGGAAAUGUAUGAUAUUUUUGGGAAAUACGGGCCUAUUCGACAAAUCAGAGUUGGAAACACUCCUGAAACUAGAGGAACAGCCUACGUGGUCUAUGAAGACAUCUUUGAUGCCAAAAACGCCUGUGAUCACCUGUCGGGAUUCAACGUGUGCAACAGAUACCUCGUCGUUUUGUACUACAAUGCAAACAGGGCAUUCCAGAAAAUGGACACAAAGAAGAAAGAGGAACAGCUUAAGCUUCUCAAGGAAAAAUAUGGAAUUAAUACAGACCCACCAAAAUAAACUGAUGUUUUUGGAAAACUGUUUCCAAGCCCUGCCAUUGAGUUCUUGAUCUAAAUAUAGGAAUCCUCAGUGAAGUAUAACUUUUUAUUUUUUUAAAUUUGAUAAGCUGUAAUUUGAAUCUUUAGAUCUUCACAUUAGAAUUAAAAUGUAAAACAUCGGAAGAUCUGCUUCAAGAUUAAAUGCCCCUAAGUGGACGUGACUUCUCCGUGUUGUAAGAGUGGCCUGGUAGAUGCUGCAGAACCACAGUCCCCUUUCUGCCAGGACCUUUCAAGAUGGGACCGAGCCCGUUAAGUGUUUUACACCUCCUGAAGUUCUGCCCAGUCUCCAGGGCGGAUCUUCAGCAUCCAGACAGUUCCUCCAAAGAGCUCAGGGGGCUCUUUGCGUGGAGGUACAUUUCACUUGCAACUUUCUGAAAAGGGAGUAUUGCAACUAGUCUCCCGGCCACAGGGAUUGUUGUGCUUUUUAAAAAAAAGUAUGGUUUGAUAGUUCAUCACACCUGUAUAUAUUGUACACAGUUUAUUGCGCCUUUCUCCCUCUAGGAAUGUUUGAAGGAGCCAAACUCCAUUAUGUGAUUGUUCGGCUACUUCUUACUAGAAAGCAAGCAAGCCCAAAUCCAUGCUUGGAACAAAGUUUCUUUUACAGACUGUGGAAAAUGAAUGGCCUUUUAAUGAUCCAACUCUUUAGAUGACUUCAAAGUACCUUGUUCGCGGUGAUGGAGAUGAAGCCGAUAAGCUGCUGUGAAAUAAUCUUCCUGUAACAGUGCGUUGCUGCAGGGCUCACUUAACAGUAUACGAGAUCUUUAUUCCGCGUGCCAGGUCCGUACUGAGGUUAGUAGGAGUGACAGGAAUGUGCUUCACGCCUCUCAAGUAGAGAACACCCGACCAAAAUGAGAGAGUAGAUGAUGGUGGGAAUUUUAGACACCUGUAGUGUGAUUGUUUCCUACUUGGUGUGUUUGGACUGUAGUAUAUUUCAUGUACAUAAAUUUUAUAGAAUCCAGCGGAGGAAAAGGAAAACAUUGUAAUUUUUUUGCUCUUUUUUUCAGCACUCAUGUCCUGUGAAUAAAAAUCAGUGCGAUAGAGAGUGUGCAUAACCAGUAUAUUUUAGAAGUGGAGAAGAAUAACCUCCACCCAUGUUCUGACCCAGCUGGAAGUCCUGUGAACGUUGUCAGUAUCCUGCCUCUCGGGAGGAUUUAUUUGCUUGGAUUUCUGUUUAACUCCCUGACCAGACAACUUCCAGCCAGUGCAGGACGUGGCCAGAUGCAAACAUAGUUGGCCCGAGGAUUUGUAAUUUAAGUUAAACUUUUUUUUUCAGUGUGUUAUACUGUCAUAAAGGAACAUUUCCGUUUUUCUUAUCCUUAAAUUUUUUUGUUGAAAUCUGUCAGUUAAAAAAAACAUGCUGUUCUUGUGCCCUUUUAGUAAAAAAAUAAAUGUGUGUCUACGUA